AUGUCUCAUGGCAAACAACUUCUUCGGGAUGAGAACGGACCAUCGGUGGCUCCAGGACUUUUGAGAUUCAGUGUUGGCAUCGAAAACGUCGAGGAUAUCAUUGGAGACUUGAAGCAAGCCUUGACUCAGCUAGAAUGGUCAUCAGGUGUUAAUAUAUCUUCAAGCAGAUCGAUUGGAAUCGAUUUGGGAACUACAAACUCAUGUGUUGGGGUUUAUCAGAAUGGAAAGGUGUGUCUUGAGGGUCUCAUCUUCAAUUCCCCUGGUUUUCAGAUCGAAAUCAUUGCAAAUUUCGAAGGAAACCGAACCACACCAUCCUAUGUGGCAUUCAAUGAAACUGAACGACUUAUUGGUGACGCUGCCAAGGAUCAAGCGUCUCGUAAUCCAGAAAACACAGUUUCCAACGCAAAACGUCUUAUCGGACGUCGUUUCGACGAUGAAACCGUCCAACAUGACAUUAAGAACUGGCUUGGAGGAGAGGACUUUGAUUCCAGACUAGUUGAACACUUUAUCACAGAAUUCAAGAAAAAGGCUGGAAAAGACAUUUCUGAGAAUCCACGCGCCAUUCGUCGUCUUCGCGACGCCUGUGAGCAUGCCAAGCGCACGUUGUCUAGCAAAACCGAUGCUACUGUAGAAGUUGAGUCGCUGGUUGAUGGUAUCGAUUUCAAAUCGAAAAUCACUCGAGCCAAAUUUGAGGAACUCUGCGCUGAUUUGUUCCAGAAGACGUUGGAGCCUGUGGAGAGGGCGUUGAAGGAUAGCGAGAUAGAUAAAACCAAGAUUGAUGAGAUUGUGUUGGUGGGAGGAUCGUCGAAGGUGCCGAAGAUUCAGAAGUUGCUCAGAGACUUCUUUAAUGGGAAGGAACUCAACUGCUCUAUCAACCCAGAUGAAGCGGUUGCUUUCGGAGCUGCCGUUCAAGCUGCAGUCCUCUCUGGAGUCAGAGAUGACACCAUCAAGGACGUCGUCCUCUAUGACGUGACUCCUCUGAGUUUGGGAACCGAUGUUGUUGGAGGACGAAUGAGCAAUGUUAUCAAUCGUAAUACACGUAUCCCAGCAAAUGCUACCAAGACGUACAAGACAGUUUAUGACAAUCAAACAGGUGUGGACAUCUACGUCUACGAAGGAGAACGAGCUAUGAUUGAAGACAACCAUAAACUCGGAUAUUUCAAGCUCUGUGGAAUCCCACCAGUGCCACGGGGAACUCCGACAAUUGAUGUGACUUUUGAUAUCGAUGCAAAUGGGAUUCUGAAUGUCACUGCUAAAGAUAGGGGUUCUGGUAGUUCAAAUAGUAUUAUUAUCCAAUAUGAAAAGGGAAGACUAUCGCAGGCAGAUAUUGAUCGAAUGGUCCAAGAAGCUAAACAGUUUGAAAAAGAGGAUGCUCAACGAAUAGACAAGGCGAAUGCCAUAGACGCGUUUGUAGAUCACGUGUAUCAAGUGAAACGGGCACUCGAAAAGUACGGUGAUCGGCUGAGCUCGGAACAACGGAACCGCGCGGAAGGGCUUGUAGAUCAAAUACUUCGUUGUACAAAAUCUGCCACUUUCGAUAAUAAACAGAAAGAGAAAAUAGAAGACUUGUUGAAGAACCUUUGUCGGACGUUUCGAUAUUGCGGUGGAGAAGUAGCCAGCCAAUGUUUUAAUCUUCUUUAUUCUUACUUUGAUUCUGAAACUCUUGAAACGAUUCUUUUUGAAUGA